AUGGCUGAUGAAAAGCCCAAGGAAGGAGUCAAGACUGAGAACAAUGAUCAUAUUAACUUGAAGGUGGCGGGGCAGGAUGGUUCUGUGGUGCAGUUUAAGAUUAAGAGGCAUACACCACUUAGUAAACCACUUGUAAUGAAAGCCUAUUGUGAACGACAGGACACACCUGCACAGUUAGAAAUGGAAGAUGAAGAUACAAUUGAUGUGUUCCAGCAGCAGACAGGAGGUAUCUACUAAAAAGGGAACCUGCUACUUUACUUCAGAACUCUGUUCCUACAGACCAAGAAUACAUUCUUAAUUAGAAAACUGCAAUUUGGUUCCACCACAUCCUGACUACUACAGUAUAGUUUUCUCUAUUCUUUCAUUUUCCCUUCCCCAUUCCUUUAUUGUACGUAAAGUAACUGGUGUAUGUGCACAAGCAUAU